UAGAUUGCCAUAUGAGUUCUGAAAAGCGUUUGGCUCCUGAGGAUAACUGCUCCAAAAAUAGACUUGGAGGAGAGGUUUCUCUUGGGUCCAGUUUCGGGUUCCAGCUCAGCUGGCUUUAGGGAACUUGUUUGCUUCUGUUGCAAGACUACAGGGAGGAUAAAUCGUUUCUUAUUCUGCCUUCAGCAUUAAUUUUUGGAGAUAUCGACACACUCGCUCUGUCUGUGGAAAUCGAGCACUAAUGUUAUGGCUGACGACACAGAGUCGAAGCAUGGAGGAAGCAAGAAUGGAAAGAAAGAAGGCCUUUCUGGAAGCUCAUUUUUCACCUGGUUUAUGGUAAUUGCUUUGCUGGGAGUUUGGACAUCGGUAGCAGUUGUCUGGUUUGAACUUGUAGAUUAUGAAGAAGUUCUCGCCAAAGCAAAGGAUUUCCGUUAUAACUUGUCAGAGGUCCUACAAGGCAAGCUUGGGAUAUACGAUGCUGAUGGAGACGGAGAUUUUGAUGUGGAAGAUGCUAAAGUAUUACUAGGUGAGGAGCCAGGAGGGGUAGCCAAGAAAAAAACUAAAGUCAAAGGCCUUAAAGAAAGAUCUGUCCCAGCACAGCCACCAUCACCAGACUCUGAGGAGACCAUCCAGGCUGCUGAGAAGCCCUAUGUCGAAUCAGAGCACAAGAAUGCUGACAUAGAAUUGGAAGAGGAAGUUCAGUCUGUUCUUCGUGAAGCUCUCCAUUCCCAGCCGGGAGAGAGACAUGAAGAUGUAGAUGAAAAUAUAAAUGACCAGUGGCAAGCGAAGGAAGAAAUACAUGGAGAAACUUUUGAAGCUCCUACAGCAGAUGACUUGCUCAGAGAAUUAGAGAAAGAAAUUCCAGAAUCAUAUGAGACACCAGACUCAGUUCAGAAAGAUGCUGAUCUUUUGGCAGAUGAUCUGGGAGCAAUGGAGUCUGAACCUUAUGAAGCUCCAGUUUCAUAUGACUAUGAUAUGGAUGCAGAAAAGACAAUAACUGAUCCAGAAGUUCCAGGUGACUCUGAACUAACGCUAGAAGAUGCUAUUGAACAUUAUGCAGAGGAUACAGUGCAUGAGGACUAUAAUGAAGACCAUGAACCAAAACACGAAAAGCAGACUGAGACUCAAGAUACAGCUGUUGAGGACCUUCCAGAGGAGGUGAAUGAAGCCAUGGAGCCAGAUGAAAUUAUUGAAGAUUUUGAUAUUGAUAAAGAGCCAUCAGUAGAAAGUAAGCACACAGAAGAUGUUGUGGCCACUGAACCAGAGGAAUCAGAAAUACCUGUUCAAGCUGAGGAUUAUUCAAAUGAUGACCUAGUGGGGAAAAGUGAAAAAGAAACUGAGCAAGACAAAACAGAAAAAGCUAAAAAGAAGAAAAAGCCAAAGCUCUUAAACAAGUUUGAUAAGACCAUUAAAGCUGAACUAGAUGCUGCAGAAAAAUUACGUAAAAAAGGGAAAGUUGAAGAAGCUUUAAGGGCCUUUGAAGCACUAGUGAAUCAAUACCCACAGAGUCCUCGAGCAAGAUAUGGGAAAGCACAGUCUGAAGAUGACUUGGCUGAGAAAAUGAGAAGUAAUGAGAUGCUGCAAAAAGCCAUCAACACCUAUGAUGAGGUGGUUAGUCUGCCAAAUGUCCCUUCAGAUCUGAUAAAGCUGAGUUUGAAACGAGAAGCAGACAGGCAGCAGUUUCUUGGUCGCAUGAGAGGUUCCCUGAUUACUCUACAGAAAUUAGUUCAGCUGUUUCCCGAUGAUACUUCAUUCAAGAAUGACCUUGGUGUUGGUUACCUCUUGAUAGGAGAUAACAGCAAUGCCAAGAAAGUAUAUGAAGAGGUUCUGAGCCUGGCUCCAAAUGAUGGCUUUGCCAAAGUACAUUAUGGCUUCAUCCUGAAGGCAGAAAACAAGAUAGCAGAAAGCAUACCCUAUCUAAAGGAAGGACUGGAGUCUGGCGACCCUGGCACAGAUGAUGGACGCUUUUAUUUUCAUCUGGGUGAUGCCUUGCAGAGAAUGGGAGACAAAGAGGCAUACAAGUGGUAUGAACUUGGAUACCAGAGAGGUCACUUUGCAUCAGUUUGGCAGCGCUCCCUCUACAACGUUAAGGGACUGAAAGCUCAGCCUUGGUGGACAGCGAGGGAAACUGGUUAUACGGAACUGGUGAAGUCCUUAGAAAAAAAUUGGAAGCUCAUUCGUGAUGAGGGUCUUGCUGUGAUGGAUAAAAAAAGAAACCUCUUCCUGCCUGAAGAUGAGAAUCUACGAGAAAAAGGAGACUGGAGCCAGUUUACCUUAUGGCAACAAGGAAGAAAAAAUGAGAAUGCUUGUAAAAGUGUCCCAAAAACGUGUGCUUUAUUGGAAAGAUUCCCGGAAGCCACCGGCUGCAGAAGAGGGCAGAUCAAAUAUUCUAUCAUGCACCCAGGGACUCAUGUCUGGCCCCACACAGGGCCCACCAACUGUCGGCUAAGGAUGCAUUUGGGCUUGGUGAUACCUAAGGAAGGCUGCAGAAUUCGGUGUGCCCAAGAGAACAGAACGUGGGAAGAAGGGAAAGUUCUCAUUUUCGAUGACUCUUUCGAACAUGAAGUGUGGCAGGAUGCUGCAAAUUAUCGCCUGAUAUUCAUCGUGGAUGUGUGGCACCCGGAGUUAACAGCACAACAGAGACGCACCCUUCCUGCUAUUUAAGGGGUUCCUUCUAAUGUGCGGAGCAGAGGAGCUUUAACUCCUUUGGAGUAUGCCAAUAAUUUAUCCAGCAUACAAAAAAUACUAGUAUUAAAAAGGUUAGAAGAGAUGAAGAUGGCAUUCUACAAUCACAGAGGACUUGAUUUAGGGAAAAAAAGAAAAAAAAAAAAGGAAAAAAAGAAGAAAAAAAAAAAAGCCAUAUUUUGUUUCAUACUGACAGAGCACUGAUAUGUAUUGUUUUUCUGGCUGCAAGUUGGAAAAUGCAAAACUUGUCAGCCAAAGGGCAAUAGGUCUGGAUUUUCAAAACUGAGGAAUGUGCAGAUGUUUUUGUUGUGCCUGUGUUGUGGGUACAAAACCAGCCAGUCGGUCACCUGCCCGGCCCUGUUCAGGCACCAGACUUGCAGUUCCAUGUCCAGUAAUUACUUCCCAGGUUUUUUAUAUCUGGGAAGCAACGUGUAAGAUAUUUAUAAACAUAUGCACACAACCAACUUUGAAAAUCAGCAUGCAGUUGUGAUGUUAGCUGCUUCAGGCAAAGAACAUGUCCCUAUGUUAUCAACUGUAGAUAAUGUGAAUGGGUUACGUGUGUUUUGUAUUUUUUCUACCUGAGUAACUGUAUUUUUCUAGCAUAAUUAUGAACAAAUCUUUAAUCAACCACUAUUUUUUAAAAAAAACAAUAUAUAUGUAAGUGCAUCUCUAGCUAUCAGCAGGAGGAAAACACUAUAUAUGAAGAGAUUUCAUUUUUGCCAGCUGUGGCCUUCUCUUGCCUUCCUGGAAAUGCCAACAGAAACUUGCAUAAUCAGCUGCUUAGUGAGGCUUUGUUCUUCUGAAACAAAAUAGUUCUCUUAGUUAGCAGGCAACCUUCAGUUUGAUAAUGUGAUUUUGGAAGAUAUUGAGCAAAUGUGACAUCUGUAGGCUCAGAGCUUAAAGUGCGUGACAGUUUUUAGGAUUACAUGGUGCACUACUGUUUCUCCUGUUGUUGCAAAAGCUUGUGCUGUGAUAUCUGUUUUCUACCCUGCAAGAGUCUGGGGCACCUCCUUCCAGGGGUUCCUUCUAGGCAGCCCUUGGGUGGUCAUUCAAAAAAAAAUAAUGAAGAGUUUCUUGUGCUUUGGGCAGAAGGACAAGGUCUAACUUGGUUUCCUGCCGGAAUGCAGCACAGACAAAGAGCUUCAGGUUAUUAACUUGUAUUAACUUCUGCUGCUGGCGUCCUACAGAGUGCUAGAACGAUCGUUUAAUUGACCUAAUGGCAUUUUCCUUGUCUUGGAAUGACAUAAUGCUGAAGUAGUCUUCUCCCAGCGCUGUUUACAGUACGCUCUGUAUCUGCCAUACAGAAUUUACUGCAUGGUAAGACGGCCUAGUUUUGAGAAAGAAAACUGGUUGGAUGUCAAGGCAGCCAUCUGGCCUUCUGGGUCUGUACUGUUUAAUGGGAGAUGGAUGGUGCAGGACCCUUCACCGUUAACUUCACAGAACACUAAAAGGGAAGAGAGACCUGAGGUUGCACCCAUUACGUUUACAGCUAUGGCUGGCUGUUGUCUACUGGCCUGCAGAACCAACUGGGUGUAGAUGGGUGUGCCAGGAUGCCCAGGGCUCAUCAGGAGCGGUGGCAUCAUUAUUGAGGGGUGGGAGAGGCAAACACUAAGCAAGGAGAUGUUGAGGUCACUUAGUCUCCACAGCUUCGGCUUGGUUGUCUAAAAGAUGCUCAACAGUCACCUUAUCUGUUUAAUGCUCGGUGGUUUUGCACUACAGAGACCACCUCGUGGUACCACAGUGCCCUGACCAGAAUGCCACAUUUGCUGAAGCAAAAUGUAGAUAAGAGCUUUGCAUUCCCAUGAACUGAAUGCUUUUCAGAUUUUGUAUUUUACUAGGUAAUUAAGUCUUGUAAUGCCGUGUAACACGUGGUGAUUGCACCAUAAAUUAGUGUAACCAGUUUCUGGAGGUGUGCACUUUAAUUUCCUUUUUGACUAUUAAACUGAUAAAACCCUCGCUGAUCAAGGGUCAGUUUUAGACAGCUGUGAUAAUUAGGCUUUAAUAUGUUGUCCGUAUCAAAAACUAACACCGAGACUGUACACAGUAUACAGGAAAGUAACAGUUCUCAGUUCAUCAUCAUGAAAACUCAAAAGAUUUAUAUGGCUCACACUUAAGAAAAUAUAAAACUACUCCUGGGGAUCUUUAGGAAAAUCAUGUGCAAAACUGGAAAUAAGGUACUCGUUAUGGGGGCGGGGAGGGGAAUCAUAGUAAAAAGGGGUUUUUUGAAUCUUCUGGUAGUUGUUUAGUCAGAAGUUGUAUUUUGUAUCUCUGAAAAGUGAUCAAGCAAUACAAAUUAUAAACUACUUUGUAAUUCUCUAAAAUAAAGACACAGUUUGUAAAGAAAGAAUCAAGAGCUGUUUAAAACCAAAAUUUGUGGUUUAGGAACAUUUUUAUUAAUGUUGCAUUUUAGUUUCUGUAGCUCAGAGUAAACAGUAAAGGAGGAGUAAAAGCUUUGGAGCUUUAUCUAUAAAAAUCCAUGCCGUCCUUCAGACUUUUUUCAUUGUUCCUUUGAAGUCUCAUACUUUAUCUUUUCUGACUGCGAUUGGCAAAUAGAUAAAAUUGGCAAAUAGGUACAAGUUAAUCUACCCAAGCUGUGUGUGUGCCAGAGCAGCACUGUGUAUUAAAUUGUGCCGUGACAUAUUGGCCAUUUAAACUCUAAGUGCCUCAGAUAUGACAAGGUGUAUUACGAACAGCUCCUGCAACAAUGAAGUGAAUCUCCUCUCUGCCUACCUGUCAAGGAGCUGAGAGCAUAUCUUUUUGUUAGGUACAGUUAUUGGGUUAGCUCUUUACAUGGGGAGGACAGAUAUAAAGCAAACUACAGAAAUUAUGCAGUGAAUAAGUGGUGUAUUAUUUUAGGUAUUCCUGUUUGCCAACCAGUAUUUCAUCUUGAAAAAGCUUUUCGACAAUGGAAGUGCCAAUGGAAGAAGUGAAUGGAAAUGUUUUUAAAUGGAGAACAAUUGCAAUUUAAAUAUUUUUUUUUUCUUUAGAUUUAUUUACAGAUGGGAAAUGACAGAGAAGGGCAAUAUAGUCUCCCGUUUGUAAGGCAGUAUUUACAUGUCAUGAUGUUAGGAGGGGGAUUCCUCCUGUAGUUACCUUGCUUGCAAGCACAGAGUCUGUAUAAGAUCCCACAGUAAAAUACAGGCAUCAUACAGUUAUAUACAAGGAAUCAUAUGUAUUUAUUCAUGUCGAAGCUAAAGAAAAUAAAUAAUUCUAAUCCUCUGUGAGGUUUAAUCCUCAAGGACUAGAUUCCAGUGAUAUUUGCACUUCUUGGGCAGAACAAGUCCCACUUGAAUGAACAGUGAUUGUAACAGGUCAUCACAGAGGUUCAGUGGCGGUGGAGGCAAGUGUAUUAACAGAGAAAAAAUCAUAAACCAAAGUAUUUCUUCAUUAAUGCUGCAGUAUAAUAGCCAGUGUCUGUCUUGUCUGUUUCAUUUUUUUUAUGUUCUGCUUUAAGCAAGCUCACUGUGACAAUUCCAAACAUCUGUGAGUCUUCAUGAGCCCAGGGACAAGGAAGGACUUGUGUCCUGUUACCGGGAGUAGACAUCCUAGUGGUGGUAAAGCCAGGGGAGAGGGAAUGGAAGAAAUCCCAAAGAUAAAUGGGCUCAGUAGUCUUGUUUGUUUCUAUAAGCUUCUGCUUCUUUUUCUACUCCUGUAUUGCCUUGCUGGGACCAUCCACUGCCUUAAGGACCUCCCUCUCUAUCGUGGAGGCCAGGCUUUGUGUCAAUGACAUGCUGCUGCAGGAGAUGGUUAGUCUGAAUGAGGCUGUUUUGUACAAAUACUAGGGGGUAAAUCCCAGGUGUGUUGAUAGGAUCUGGCAGGGAUGUCCUUCCCGCCCUGUACAGGCAUAAAAAGUUGUAGAUCAAAGCGGUAUUAUGUCAAUCCAUCUGUCUGGGUUGACCGUCUCCAGAUGAAACUGUAUCAUCACUUCAGACACGAUGAUGAACGUGUCAUCACUUCAGUGUAUCACUUAUGAAUUCAGUGGAUGUUCCAGAGGCACUUUAAAUAAACUGCUGUGCCUGUUAUCAUCUCAUUUUAUAGAUACGGUUUACACUGCUACCUUUGGUAUGUUGUUGCCAACUGCUUGUUCUAGUAGGUUGUCAAUGUAUGGCAGUUUAAUUGAAGACGGAAGGGUGUGUACAGUGGUUGUAACCAUUUUAGGAAAUAAAGUCACUGCACAAGCAA